CUCCACAACAGCUAAGCCGCCUCCACUCCCGCAAUCACGGCCAAUUACUCUCUCAACUGCCUCGUGCCCUGUUUCCUCGAAGCGUGGAAGGCGGGUAUCCCUAGCUAGUUUCCUCCAAUACCUAGCAAACUUCAACUCUCCUCCACUUCUUCACAGAUCGAGAACAUCCCCACCCCAACAGUCUUCACAUUUCACAAUGGCAGAUGACACCCGGCAAUCUUCUUCCUCUCCCCAAAAUGCUCGCCCUGUUCCGAAAGGUCCUGCAAAUAUCAUGCCUGGGGGCACCGCACAUACCGCAGGGGGGAUCCCCGCCGACUACGAGCCCUCCUAUGUUGACGCCGUAAAAUCUCUCGGACCAGAAUAUUACCUGAAUUUCCACAAAAGGCCUUGUGUACGAGACAGUCAGCUAAUGGGCAUUGGAGCCGGGUUCGUAGGAAUGGGACUUGCGGCAAUACUACGAAGACCGGUAAUGAUGUGCUGCCACUACGCUGUCUUCAGCUGGGUCGGCGUUUCAUGUGUUUCAUAUCAAUACUGUCAAUACCAGCGUAGUAGAGAGAAGAAGGGCAUGCAAAUGGCGCGGGACCUCAUGGAGCAGAAACGCGCAAACUUCGAGGCAAAACGUGAGGCAAGGAGAAAAGCCAGGGAAGAUCAGGAACGGCUAGAAGAGGAGAGACGGAAGGAAGAAGAGAGGCGGACGUCGUGGAGUUAUUGGUUCAAGACCAAUACCCGGUUUUGGUAGGAUUGGGGUUGCAGUAGGCUGGUAUUCCAAAGUAUAUUCAGCCCUAUAUACAGGAUCGUGUAUGAAAAUUUGUAAUAUAUGCGAAUUCGGAGCCACCGAAC